UGUUUACAUUUACAAUGCUUUCUAACAUUUUAGGAAUUGCGACACAUUUAUCUACUUUGGCCUUUCUCUCUACAGUACUCAUUUUGCUGGCAACAUCUAUUUGAACUAUUUCCUCAUCGGAUUAGUGGAACUUCCUGCUUAUGUUCUUUCUCCGAUCGCAAUGAACAGGUAUCUCGUUGGAUUUACGAAAGUAUGCUCAAAAUGUCGUCUUUCAGGUAAUUGGCCAUUCGUGUACGCAUUUAAAAAAGAUGCAGAAACACACUUCUGUCAGAUUGUUUGGAUGCGUACAACAUUAUGGGUUUUGGGGAAGUUCGCUAUAUCGUGCUCGUUUAUGAGCAUAUAUGUGUACGCCAGCGAGAUUUUCCCAACCAAUAUUAGGAACUUGUCUAUUGGAUUUUGUGAGAUGAUGUCAAGAGUUGGGGGCAUUCUCGCCCCAUAUGUCACUGCACUAGUAAGUAUAGUCAAGUUCAAUUUGUUUCAAAUAUAUUAGGU